AUGGCGGCCAACUUGUCCAGCAACGAAACCGCCGCCCGCGGCUUGAACGCGGCUUAUUUCACCUGGAGCAUGCUGGCCGAUUUCAACCCGGCGCAGAUUACUACAACGACCAUCUGCAUGUUGACCAUCCUCCUCAACGGCUUCCUCCUGGUCAUCUUCAUCCUGGAGCGCCCCCUACGGACCUCCUUCGCCGUCUACUUAAUCGUCCUGGCUGCCGGCAACAUCGUCAACGCCUGGUUCCAGAACCCACUGACCCUGGCCAUCAAGGACCGUUUCGCCGCGCCGCAGCUGACCGUCUUCUGCGCCGUCAACUUCUUCCUGCGCCAGACGGCCGUGGCCUUCGUCCCGCUGGUCCACCUCUUCAUCGGCCUCAACCGCUUGUGGGCGCUGCUGCAGCCGCACUCCUACCGGCUGCGCCACACCUGCCGCCUGGCGGUGGCGGUGUGCGGGGCGACCGGGGCGUGCAUCGUCCUGUACCUGGCCCCGCCCAUCAUCCUCGACGCCUUCCACACCCACAAACCCUUCCACACGUUCUUCUGCGUGCUGAAUCUGGCGUACCCGGGUUAUGUGGACUGGACGUUGGCUUUCAACGUCAUCUUCCUCGUCGUGCCGGAAGUCCUCAUCGUCCUGUUGUGCCCGCUGCUGCUGGUCCACCGCACCGGCUUCCGCCACCGGGUGCAGGCGUCCAAAGCCCCGCCCACCGACUCCGCUAGCAAAUCCGCCGGCACCGGCGAUCCGGACGCGGAGAAGCGGGUGAAGCGGAAGAACAGUCUGCGGGUGCUGAUUUUAUUGACGGUGAGCGUGAUCAUCUGCUGGACGCCGCUGAACGUCUACUACUUCUUUCCCAGUCUGGUGGACAACCCGGUCUUCUAUCGCACCGGGAAUAUGCUGAAGAUUCUGCACUCGAUGUUGGAUCCGCUGCUGUUUAUCGCCUCGCUGGACGAUCUACGCCGGGCGUGUGUCGACCGGCUGCGAUGCCGGGCGUGA